AGCCGUGGCGGGAGCCGCAAGAGAGCGACCGGCACUGGGCGCUCCGCCGGCAGUUCCUGCUCCGCAACCGGGCGGGCUACCCGGGGGAAGCCGCCUUCCGACAACUCCUGGCCCUCUCGCACGUCUGGACCAACCAUGUCUUCAUGGGAUGCAGGUAUGGCUCCCAAGUUAUGGAGAAAGUCCUCCAGAUGGCCCAAGGCAUUGAUGUGGGUGAGAUGCCAUCAUUUGAGUUGGUGCCAAGUGCCAAGGGAACCAAGAGGCCCCAUUCACCGUUGGAUGACUCUCCCACUCGCAGCCUUGACACUCCAAGAAAACAGCCCCCCAAAUUUCGGGUCAGGCCUCGUUUCGAACCCAUCCAUUUUGUAGCCAGCAACACGCAGGACAAAACUAAGGACCCGCCUUCGGAAGACCAGGCACAAACCGCCGGCGAGACGAUCACCACCCAGCAGAUCCAGAACUACGCGGAUCGGGUUUUCAGCAGCUUCAGUACACAGGAUGGUGACCGCCAGUUUUCAAGCUUGGUGGGCUUGGGCUAUGGAAACAGCCAGCCGGAAGCCAAGGCGGUUCCCAAAAACAAGGAUACUCCUGCCAGUGGUGGAGCAGCGGUUUCCGGAGCGACGUCCCUCAUCCAGGCUGCCUCCGAAACGUUUCCCAAGUCCGUUAUAACAGCCAAGCAGUGUUUCAUAAACAAACUUGUUGCCGCCGUCCGCAAGAAUCUGGCCAGCCCCGAUGCCAGCGGAGGUCCAGACAAAAUUAACUACACGUAUCUUUUGACGCGGUCCAUCCAGGCUUGCAAGACGAACCCCGAAUAUAUUUAUUCUCCCUUAAAAGAACUCUCCCCGGCAGACCUCCCCAAGAACAAGAAACUCCUUAAAGACGGCUUUGCUUGUGAGGUCAGGUGUCAGAACGUGUAUCUAACCACAGGGUACGCCGGCAGCAAAAACGGAUCGCGAGAUCGGGCGACGGAACUGGCCGUGAUGUUGUUGCAGAAACCUGUGGAGGUCAAAGUGGCCCAGCGAAAGUUCAAGAACGCCACCCGGGAGGACUUAGUCUUGUGCGAAAGCGGUACGUCUCCUACUGAAUUCCCACCAGCCCUCAAGCAACUGGAUGAUUUUAUUGCUGCCAUGAAAGAAUGUACCCCAGGGCAGCCAAAUUCAGAAUCUCAGCAAGGUUCCAGUUCAGGGAAACACUGGACAAACUUCGUCCUAACCGAAAACGCCAGCGACGCUAUUGGGAUAUUGAACAAUUCAGCUUCCUUCAAUAAAAUGACAGUCGAAUACAAAUACGUCCUGAUGCCCAACCGCCUCUGGCGCUGCAGCGUCUACUUACAGGAUCACUUCUUGGCAGAAGGCUACGGCACUAAGAAAACCAGCAAGCACGCAGCAGCGGACGAGGCCCUGAAAAUCCUCCAGAAGACCCAGUCCAAUGCUGCAGCGGCUAAAGCAGUCCAGGUUCAGAAAGUGGGGGGCGCCCCCCGGGACCCCUCCAAAAAGAAGGACUUAAAGGACCUCGUUGUGUACGAGAAUUCCAUGAAUCCGGUGUGCACCCUGAAUGACACAGCGCAGUUCAACAAGAUGACUGUGGAGUACGUCUUUGAGAGGAUGACCGGGAUGCGGUGGAAAUGCAAGGUGAUGCUAGAAAACGAGCUGAUUGCCGAAGCGAUUGGGGUCAAGAAGACCGUUAAGCAUGUGGCGGCUGAGGAAGCGGUCAAAGCUCUGAAGAAGACGCAGCCAACGGUGGUCAACAAUCUGAAAAAAGGCACAAUUGAAGAUGUCAUCUCCAGAAACGAGAUCUGCGGCCGCUCUGCCGAGGAAGCGUUGAAGCAGCAGAUCAAGGAGGACAACAUUGGGAACCAGAUUUUACGGAAAAUGGGCUGGACAGGCGGUGGCUUGGGUAAAAGCGGGGAAGGGAUCCGGGAACCGAUCGCGGUGAAGGAACAGUUCAAAAGGGAAGGCCUUGGCCUGGAUGUUGAAAGAGGGUCAAAAAUCAGCAAGAAAGACAUUGAGGGCAUCAUCCAGAACUAUGCCUUCUCGGACAGUAAGAUUGACCUGACUUUCUCUACAGAACUCACCAAUGAUGAGCGUAAACAGAUCCACCACAUAGCCCAGAAAUAUGGGCUUAAGAGCAAAUCUCACGGCCAGGGACGCGAUAGAUACCUAGUGGUCAGCAGAAAGAGGCGCAAGGAAGACUUGUUAGACCAGUUAAAGCAAGAUGGCCAAGUUGGCCAUUACGAACUAAUCAUGCCUCAGGAGAAAUAAAGCUCAAGGGGUGUCAAUUUCUUCUGUGGAUGCCCAGAGUUAGGAGAAAUGUCCCAUUAAACAGCGCAGCAGUUGCCUAUUGUUGUGGGAAGGAUGAUUUAAAAUAAAAAAAUAAAAUGUUUUAUUCGCCCCUUUAAUUUCUAAAACUUUUAUCAGGAAAAAAAAAAGAGUUAGAACUUUUGAAGUCAAGAGUUCUCUCCAAACAUAUGUAGUAUAAGUCUGGAUAAUAUUACUGCAGUUACUGGUUUUAUGAAAUCUCUUGGGGGAAAUGGCUUGUUUCCUUUACAUUUUACUAGUUUUGUAAUAGUAGAAAUGCAUCCACCCCAAGGGAAGUUUCACGACCAUUUUAAAAAGGGAUGACUCCUGUAAUUUUUUUAUUUUGCUUCUUUGAAAACAAAUUUGGAGUGGGGUGGGGAAGAGAUGAAAGGAGACAGCAGUAUGAAGAAUACUAUGUGUAAAUAUGGUAUUAAUAAAUAGAUUUUUAUUUCUGGACAUGCAAAGAAUAGCAUGUUUUAUAUUUAAAAAUGGGUUACAUUGUGGGGAGGGGUGGGUGGGUGGAUAGAAAUGUUUUCAGCGUAUUCAAAAUGCAGCAUUGAUACAGUAAAUAGUAUUUUGAGUCUUUGGUUCAUGAAACUUUGUCUGUUCUACAGUUGUACCAUAGAAGCCUUGAACACACAAUACGGAAUCAGUGAAUCCUAAGAAUCUUAACCUUGACCAUUUAAGGUUAUCUUGAGGUGUAGCACAGACAAGGUUUACCACUACAGUGUGUUGUCUGCUAAUCCAAAUUCAGAUUGUUGCAUUGGUCCCAGCAGGAGAGAAUUGUGAAGAGGGGCACACCUUUCCUACUGAGACCAGUUAAAAACACAUUCAGCUACAGCUGUAUUGUGUCUCCAAUUUAGUCAUCAAAGCUAUAUUGUUGGGAAGGGGCAUGUAAUGCCAGGGUGUUCUGUGGGGAUCUGUUCUACCUCUGUGUGAUCAGAAUUAUACAAAAUAAGCAAAGGCAUGGAAAGGUUUGCUUAAUUUGUGUAAUUCACAGAGGAUCUGGAAUUUGUAAUACUUUGGCAUGGAUAUAAUUUUUUAUAUAUGUGUGUUACAGAACAUGCACGGUUCUUGGGGGUUUACCUUGACAGGUGAGGCUUCUGCUUUUCCCAACAGGAAAUAAAGUAAUGCACUUCCUUCAUCUCAAUAGCUAAGAUUAGCUCUAGAAGCAAUCUGCUUUUGCAUACCCUGUUGAGCAGUGAAGUAUUUAAAACACAUACACACACACAACUGGGGGUGGACGGAGUUGGCAUUUGCUUAUUUCUAUACGUAGCCUCCAAGUACUCGUUUUCUUAUGCUGCUGCUUUUGUGUACAUGUGCUUGUAUAUCUCGUAUGGAGAUCAACAAGUAAAAGGUUCUGUCACCACUGUA